AGUGGCGUCAAAGGAAAACGCUCUGCGGAAGUGUUCGUCUCCGUGUGUUUUCUGCGAUGUGCGAUGUGUGUGAUUGAGAGUUUAUUGCUUUGAUUGUGAUGUCGGUGCUCUACAUGGAUAAAUUAAGUCGUGUUUAUGCGCGUUAUCAGGAGUAUGUGAGGACGAACCCGGCGGCCGCGUCUCAUCUGGAGAGCACAGUGCGCGCGCUGAGUUACCUGAUCGCAGGUCGCUUCUCAGACUCUCAUGAAAUCUCAGAGUUGGUCUACUCGGCGUCUAACCUGCUAGUGCUGCUGAAUGAUGGCAUCUUACGGAAGAAUCUCUCUCGGACAUUGCCUGUGUCUCUUUCUCAACAGAAGCUGUUAACCUGGUUGUCAGUACUGGAGUAUGUGGAGGUUUUCACUGAGAUGGGGGCCACCAAGCUGUGGGGGGAGGCUGGACGUUGGCUUGUUAUUGUUCUUAUUCAGAUUGCCAAAGCGGUUCUGCGCUGUCUCCUGCUUUUCUGGUACAAAUCAGGCAUCCAGACAUCACCACCUAUAAUUCCUCUGGACAGGGACUCUCAGCUCUGUAGUCAAGAGAACAAUACAGAAGAAGGUGACGAGGACACUUCUUUUGUGGGCCAGCGUUCAGGAAGAGUGGUCCGACCACUGGGAAGUGCACCAUCAUUACAGUCUCGUCUUUGGGGUCUCCCUCGGAAAAAGAACACAAGUAGGAAUCAGGAAGAGGAGCUCCACUCAAGUCCGACUCCUCUUGGUCUGCAGGAAACCAUCGCUGAGUCCCUGUACAUCGCAAGACCGCUUGUACAUUUGACUAGUCUUGGGAUUUGCGGAAAACGUUCCUGGAAGCCUUGGAUCAUCUCUGGUCUCUUAGAGAUAACCAGUUUCAGUCUGUUGAGUGACACCAAGGCGCUGAACCGCAGAGAGCGCGCUGAGAUGAGGAGACGGGCCUUCCUUCUCCUCUACUACCUGCUCCGCUCCCCCUUCUAUGACCGAUACUCUGAGACAAAGAUCCUCUUCCUCCUUCGCUUCUUGGCAGAUUAUGUUCCCGGAGUUGGUUUGGUUGCACGUCCACUGAUGGAGUACUUGCCCAUUUGGCAGAAGAUCUACUUUUAUAACUGGGGCUGACAUCAGAGUGAAUCUUUCACAGGCCUGCGCCGCCAAAAUGUUAGUAGAAUGAGAGGAAGCCAUUUAGAGGAUGAUACAGCGACACAAGGACUCAAAUCACACCUGUGCCAGAACAUUACCACAUUUAUCGAGGAGCUUUGCAGUCAGUGAGUAACAGAUGCAUUGCUGGCCUCUGAGAAUAUAUAUCUGGAUAGUGAUUUUCCGAUUGCUGUUUUUCUUAUCUCUUUUAGCUUUCACAUAAUUUUAUGCAUCUGAGCCUUUUUCCACCUUUUUUUUUUUUUUUGCACUUACACACAUCUGUUCUCAAAUGAAUUUUCGCCAAACUUCAAGCUCUCUUAUCCCGUAAUCUAUCCCUCAACAUUAAUGCCUUCAUUUUAAUUUGGAUGUUUAUUUCCAGGGAACGGUUUUAUUGAACACAAUAAUUGACUGGCUGAAAUGAAAUCAAUUAGACGGUCUUGUUUUUGUUUGUUUUCUGUCCGGUUCAUCCUCAGAGUUUUGAGGAACGGAUGGGAUGAAGCUGAAUCUGAUACUUUUUAAUUGUAGCUACAUUUGCUCAUAAAAUGGAAUAAUCCAUCAAUGAUAAAUUGUUUCACAGGACUCCAAUAAGACUUUGGUACGUAAACCGGCAUUAUGAGCGUGUUUUUUUUCACUGUGUGAAAUAAACUCAUUCGAGUCUCUGUUUGAAAGCCCAUCAUUAUUUUGAUUGAAAGACCUGAAGCAAAAAUAAAAAGCAUGACUGUUUUGAAAUGCUGAAAGUGUGAAAUUGGAUAAUUGGUUUUGUAUAUACCUCUGUGCAUUUAAUAAAUCUUUAAAUAAUAAGAGUC